AGAUUCGGGGCCCGUGCAGACUUCCAGUUGCACGUCGUUCGGUCACCAUGACGAUGAAAGGCCUGUCUAACAGCCGCAGCCUCCACCACACGGUGACCUGCGACCCCUCCUACGACUCCAUGACGCUCGGACGCUCCGACCGCCGCUCCUUCUUCCUCAAUAACCCCGGGGAGUCUCACCCUGCAGACCACCACCACAACAACAACAACAACCCUGGAUUCCCCCAACGAAACUCUUUCCACUCCGAAUGCGGCGCCUACCCGGAUAUUUCCAGCUGCACUUUCCCCCGCAGACACUACAGCUCCAACCACGAGCUGAAGGAGGAGUGUGGAGCUCUGGUGCCUUACACUGGGCAAACUGGGAGCAUUAAAGGAAACAACAACAACCGGACCCCCGCCAACCUGUUGGAGCAGUUUGAUCGCCAGGCUCCGAUGCAGCGUGAAGGAUAUCACACUUUACAGUAUAAACGAACUGCGGUGGAGCAUCAGCGCAGCGACAGCCCCGGGCGAAUUCGACACCUCGUCCAUUCUGUACAGAAGCUUUUCACCAAGUCUCACUCCUUAGAGGGGCCUUCAGGAGGAGGGGGAAUAGGAGGAGGAGGAAGCGGAAAGAUGAACGGCAGCAAAUCCAGCCCUGACGACCCGCCUUCCUCCUCCUCUGGCACGCUGAAACACAGCAAGCGCAGUAAAAGCAAAGAUCGAUCCAAGUCCGAGCCCAAAAUGCGCUCCGCCAUCUCCGGAUACUGGAGUUCAGACGACACCCUGGACCACGAGAUGUGUCUCUAUCAUCAUCAACAUGGAGGAAAUGGAGGAGGACGUCCAUCGGGGGUCAUGACUAUGGGGCGCCACCCGGAGAAAUCGCAGUCCCAAUACUUCAUGGAGUCCUACAACACCAUCAGCGCUCACUCUCUGAAGACGUCGCGCAGCAACAACGAUGUGAAGUGCUCCACGUGUGCUGGAGGAGGGGGAGGGGGAGGUUUGCAACUUGUCGGCCCGUUGGAGGGUCAAGUGCAGCUGAAGAAGAGCUCGUGGUCGUCCACUCUGACGGUGAGCAGAGCGAGGGAGGUCUACCAAAAGGCCUCGGUCAACCUAGAUAAAGCUCUAGUGAAAGCUGAGCAGGGGCGCACCUGCCACUUCCUACAGCCGCAGCGUGUUCCUCCUGAUGGAAAUGUUUUGGGCUGUGUUGGCACCCGUCAGCCACCGAUUUCCACGGAGCAUUCGCCAAAGCUUCAGAUCCGGAGUCACAGCUACCUGCGGGCGGUGAGUGAGGUUUCCAUCAAUAGGAGUCUGGACAGCUUGGACCCGGCAGGGCUGCUGGCCUCGCCUAAAUUUCGCUCGAGAAACGAGAGCUACAUGAGAGCCAUGAGCACCAUAAGCCAGGUGAGCGAGGUGGAGGUGAACGGGCAGAUCGAGGCGGUGUGUGAGGCGGUGUUCAGUGAGAUGGAGUCGCAGGCGGUGGAGGCUCUGGACCUGCCGAUGUCCGGCUGCUUUCGCAUGAGAAGCCACAGCUACGUACGUGCCAUAGAGAAAGGCUGCUCGCAGGAGGAAGAGGAGGGAGGAGGAAGAAAAGGAGGCGUCGCCAACUCCCCCCCGCGCACCACCACCACCGUCAGGACCAUCCAGAGCAGCACAGGUCGGUGGGACUCAUGUACUGAUGAACAUGUGUGAGCAUGCAUAAUCCAUGGUGCAUUAUGAAUUAAUAUGUGUGCAUA